GAGAGAGAGAGAGAGAGAGAGAGAGCUACACCAGGAAAAAAGUGGCAAAGACAAAGGACUGAACAGGCUUUGGGAAAAGAGGAGAGAGUUGGUUCAGUUUUUACACCGGUUUAUGAGAGUCCAGCUGCUUUACCACCGACAGGAAGCGGUCAGGCACCUUCCUCUGCUCAGCAUCAAACUCCUGUUGCAUCUGUUCCAGUGGAAGUGAUGCUUCAUGGUCAGCAGUCCGGUGAUGGAAAGAACUGCAAAGCUAUAGGCUUGGUGACUGGAUGGAAAGAGCUGUCAACACACACACAAACACAGUGAGGAUGGACGAAGUGGAAGCACACAGAGAGCAGCCAGUGGCUAUUUGAUUGACGACACCACUGUGGUGUUGUUGGAGGAGCAACUUUCAUUUGGGAGCAUCUGGAGUACCUUUGUUUGAGAUUUCUUUUUUUUAAUCUUGAGUACCAGUUUUUGUGCCCUCCCUCCUGGUGACCUUUCUUCACAUCUAUUCUUUAGAGAGAGCAGGUGUUGCUGUGUUAAACAGCCAGAGGUCUCAUUUACCUUGCAACCCCCACCUCCCUGUCGACCAUAGACGGAGACACACAAGCUCCUCUCUUCCAAGCGGCUGAGAGGUUGCUAUGGCAAUCGUUGUCAUGAUGCCGAUGUAGCGUCCUGAAGGUAGUAGUUGUGGAGGUAGUGGUGGAGCUGGAGGAGGUGGCGGCGGCAGCAGUGGUGGUGAACGUCCAGGGAUGGGAAGCGCUCCGUAUCCAGCUGGCGAGUGGAAGGGGAAGGGGCGAGGUGGCCUGCAGGAGCUGGGCUGCAUGCCCUGGAAGGUCAGCAAGCAGAAAGGUGGAGGAGGGGAGGUGGUGGUGGUGGGAGCAGAGGAGAGGAGGUGCAAGGAUCCCAAGGACUCUCAGCAGCAGCAGCAGGAUCUCUCAUCUUCCUCUUCCUCCCUUACCCCUCCAGUGCCUCCCCAGUUCUCUCUGACACCUCCAGCCAUUUAUCAUGAAAAGCAGCGGCGGGAGCUGUGCGCCCUGCACGCGCUCAAUAACGUCUUCCAGGACGGGACAGCCUUCAGUCGGGACACCUUGCAGGAGAUAUACCAGAGGCUUUCUCCCAGCACUCUGGUGACGCCUCAUAAAAAGAGCAUGCUGGGAAAUGGGAACUAUGAUGUAAAUGUCAUUAUGGCAGCCCUGCAGACCCGAGGGUUUGAGGCAGUUUGGUGGGAUAAAAGAAGGGAUGUAGGCAGCAUCGAGCUGUCCAACGUGACGGGUUUCAUUCUGAACGUGCCAUCCAACCUGCGCUGGGGGCCACUCCGGCUGCCGCUCAAACGCCAGCACUGGAUAGGAGUCAGAGAGGUGGGAGGAGUCUACUACAACCUGGACUCCAAGCUGCGUAGCCCUCAACCCAUCGGCAAUCCGGAUGAGCUCAGGAAGUUUCUCCGCCAGCAGCUGCGAGGGAAGAACUGUGAACUCCUAUUGGUCGUCUCAGAGGAAGUGGAGGCACACCAAACAUGGCGGUCUGAUAGCUAAAGGUUCAGCCAGCCAAUCACAGCUCUAACUGGGCCAACGGGCCAAUUGCAGAAUGCACGGGAGAGGAAGUAGAGUUGUGCUCAGCCAAAAACAUGGAUGCACACUUUCAGAUGUAUUUUUUCCCCUUUUUUGGGUUUUGUUUACACAGCCAUUGCUGGACUCUUAUCUGAUAAGAUGCAAAGCAAUGAAGGAAGCAAACACUUUACAGGGAGAAUCAAAGAAGUCACAGUCCUUUACUCACACCACAGUUAAGACUUAUGAAAAGUCAUUAUUCUGUUUCUGCUAUUCUUGUGUUUUUUUAUAUAUUGACUAUUUUUCAAUGUCCGUUUCGAUCUGUUGAUUUUUAUUUUCCUUUUUACUGUACAAGUUUCCAAAGUCAUGGGAGUUCAGGCUUUAUGAAAAAUAGGCUGUGUUUAUCUGCCCGUCUCCUUCAGUGAUGCUCUCUGCUUUUGUUAUGAUGUGUCUUCGUGUUUCUGUCUCUCCCUCGAUGACGUGAAUGUCUCUCUGUCUGUAUCCUCCGUCCUUCACUUUCACCAAAGCGUGCCCUUCCUUGGCUCAGUGUGCCUCCAUCUCACUUCUGCUCUCCUCUCCCUUUUUCAUAUCACAGGUUAAAAUCAUUGAUUUAUCAUGUUGCCAACUUUGUAUUUCAUUCACUAUCCAAGCACUUCUGAUACAGACUGAGCCCUCACUGUGCAGAGGCUGUGCUGAGUCUGACACAACACUUUUAUAUGGCAACAAAGCAAUGCAACAUCCAGGCCAAGCUCUCCCUCUAGUGGAUAUUUAGCCACAGUUUCCUUCCAUUCCUUCUUUUUUUUUUUUUUUAGAAUUAUACUGUAUCAU